CAAGAAGGGCGUGGGAAGUCGUUACUGAUCAUGGUGGGCGCAGGCAUCAAUGCUGCUGGUGCUGGCACUGCACAACAUCAUGCAGGCGCCCUCGAAGAGAUAAAAGGCGGCCACAUCAUCGCCCUCUCGUCUCCAUCCCAUCUCCUCAACCUCCCUCACUACAACAAGUCCUCCCAAGCACAAUGCCCGCCCUCAACUCUGGCCUCAUCCUCAUCACCGGUGCAUCUGGCUACAUCGGCACCUACACCGUCGAGGUCGCCCUCAAGGCCGGCUAUGCCGUUCGCCUCGCCGUCCGCUCUGCCGACAAGGGCGAGUACCUCAAGACGCGCUUCGCGGAGUACAAGGACCUCGUCUCCUACACCAUCGUCAAGGACAUGGACGCCAAGGGCGCAUACGACGAGGCUGUGGCCGGCAUCGACGGCGUCAUCCACCUCGCCUCGCCCGUCGACCUCGGCUUCGCAGGCCUCGCCUCCGACAUGAUCGCCGAGGCCGUCACUGGCGUUGACAAUCUCCUCAAGGCGCUUGCUUCCACCUCGACCAAGCGUGUCGUCCUUCUCUCGUCUGUCGUCUCGGUCGGUCCCGCCAUGCGCCCCGUGGAGGAGCAGGGCACCAAGAAGGUCGUGUACACCGAGGCCCAGUGGAACGACGCCAACGUCGCCGAGGCGCUCAAGCUCGAGGCCGCCGCCCCUGGCCACAUCAAGUACGCUGCGUCCAAGAACGAGGCCGAGCGCGAGUUCUGGAAGUGGAUCAAGGCGAACCACCCUGCCUUUGACGGUGUGGCCAUCCUCCCGGCGUUCAACUUUGGCCCGCCCACCCAGUACGGCCUCGGCAUCCCCGAGAGCGUCAGCAUCAUCACCCCGUGGCUCAAGCCUGGCGCCGAUGCCUCGACGCUCAACUUUGAGUUUGCCGGCAUGGUCGACGUCCGCGAUGUCGCUUACGCUACCGUCAAGGCCCUCUCGACCCCCGAGGCGGGCGGUGAGCGCUACAUUCUCUCGGCUCACACUCUGUUCAACAACGACCUCGCCAUUGGCGCGACCUCCGACGAGGCAAACGCUGCUGGUCUCACCCGCGGCAACACGGACCCUGCUUUCCGUGCCGAGCUCGACUCGAAGGCCAUCAUUUACGACGGCUCCAAGGCUGAGAAGGCGUUCGGCUUCAAGUACCGUGGCAAGGACGAGACGAUCGCCGAGACCGUCAAGACCAUCCACAAGAACCGUGCCGGUGCUCCCCUCUAAUGGAGUGUGCCCGCGCGCUCUGAGGUAGCCGAACAGAAUAAUGUCCAUACAUGACCAUGCAG